AAGUUCAAUAAAAGGAAUUCUCAAGCACCAAGCGAACAAACCCACUCUCUAAAAAUGGGCUGUUGUGGCGAAGAAAACGAUGAUGACGAUCCACAACUCCUCCAAAACCAAAACGGACAUAUCUCAUCAUCCUCCUCCGCAAUCUCCACUGACCCAUCAACCGUAAUCUCCCCAAUGAACUCCCACUUCGGGGCUCUGGCCUGCCGCGAUACGCUGCGUUUAAUCCUGCAGAAACUCACCGUCCUGGACUUGGCACGCGCCAGCUGCGUGUGCAGGGUAUGGUACUCGGUUGCCUCAGAUAACAACAUGUUGGUGUUGGCUUUCAUGGAGCCUUGGAAACUAAAACAAAUUGUGGGAAAGCCCGUGAACGCCUGCUUUUGGAGAGAUAACGGGAUUGGGAAGUUCGCAAUUUCCCACCGUAUAGCGCGUGGGGACACCGUCGCUAGCCUUGCUGUUAAGUACUCCGUUCAGGUUAUGGACAUUAAACGGCUAAAUAACAUGAUGAGUGAUCAUGGGAUAUAUUCAAGGGAGAGGUUAUUAAUCCCUGUAAGCAAUCCAGACAUUCUUGUAGAUGGAACAUGCUACAUAGAGUUGGAUUCAUAUGCAAAAAGGGAAGUAGCAGUGCUAUAUCUAGAUGGUGAGCCUGACAGAAAGCCAAAUUGUUUGUUGAAAAGGGUGACUUCUGAACAGGGCAAGAGAAGGAUAAUCGACUCUUUGAGGAGAAGCAUGCAAGUUGACGAUGGAACUGCUCUAUAUUACUUGUCUAUUUCCAAUGGUGAUCCCCGGGCUGCACUGUCAGAGUUUUCUGCAGAUCUUGGAUGGGAAAGGCAGGCUGGCUUGGCUUAAUUCAAGAAAAUCAAACAAGUGCAUUCAGAAUUGAAUUUCUUUCACGCUUUUUUGUGUUAAAAUAUUCCUUCCUGAAAAUCUGUUCUGGGAAAAUACAUCGAUCAUCUGUAUAUUUCUUGUUUUGAACUGAUGCAAGCUCCCAAUUCGUGGACUACUACCACUGCUUCUGCUUCUCUGUUAUUUCUAUUGUUGCUGUAAAGCUUCUAUGUAAUCAGAUCGUUAACAUAAUUGUAAGAAGCAAAUAUGUAUUCAAAGAUCAAA